GUAGCGAGUCCUGCAAAAUUUUUGGCCCCCGACUCAAUUGCCCUAUGCACAAGGGCCCCCAUUUUCCCAAUACAUAUGCUUCUUUCCUUUUACUCCCAACUGUCUUCAAGGUGAGAGGAGUAACGGGAUCUGCCACGACAGGCGGCAGAUCCCGAUUUGAAACUCUUGGAGUUACCCCAAUCACGAUCAUUUCGCUGAUGCGGUUAGACCCUUGGAUCGACAUUAGCCCAAAGGAACUCUGUACGUCCAAGUCUCUGGGGCGACCCGGCAGCAACCCCCAACGUCAUCUGUGGCCACAGGCUUCCAUCGGGAUCUCGACGAAGACACAUAGAACAUCCAAGGAUUUGGACCCUCACCAUUAAUGCCGAUCGACAAAGAAAGGCUUUCCCUCGGCCGUGGCGACCAUACCGCGCGCCUAAGGAUUUUGACGCACACGACCCUCCGGGAGCCGAUCACGAAAUAAAGGCUCAAAAUUGAAGGGUGUUGUUUGAUCCACGUGAAAAUUCGGGGGGGCCGACGGAA